AUGGUCGCGAGCAGCGAAAACAAGGGGUUUUCCCUAUUUUCAGCCAUCAACGGUCUAUUUGAACGCGCGCGGUCGUCGGCAGAAAAGGAGUCACAGCGCUUAUUCACAACACCGCCGCCAUCAAAGUCCCGACAGGAGCCGCAGUUCAACUCAGAGAGAGUGCGCAGAACAACACAUAAUAGCCCCAGUAGUCUUUCUCGUAGAAGCGUUAGAACCAUGCCACCACUUCCAUUUCCAUCAGCACCAACAUCAACAUCAACAUCAGCAUCAAAUUCUUUUUCUCACACGCUUGGCGGCAGGCCGAGGACUGCGACGCCGCGCGGCAGACGUGCGCCGUCACCUGCGUUGCAUCACCCUUUGCUUAUGGAGCGCGCUUCGUCGGUGGUUUCGGAGGGAACCCAUUUGGCAAAUAAUGUCAACUUGAUGGCAAUCCAAGAAGAGGAUUUCGCGCAGCUCAGUGGCACUGACCACUUUACUGGCAAUGCGGAUGCUGGCUUUGGCACGGAGCCUGCGCUGAGCAUUCGGUCGAAGCGCAAGUGGAUCGAACACGAGGAGUCGUUGCUUGAGCAGAGUUUGUUUGACGAAGCGACAAAGAAACCUCGGACAGAGACAGCAGAAAUCCCAGACAUAAACCCACAUCAACACAGUUCAAAUACAGCGGCGGAGUUAAGAGUUGUAAUGCCGCCGCCGCCUGCUCCGCCACUACCAGCACCAGCAGCAGCAUUGCUGCAAAAGCCUCAGCCGCAAAAGACAAGUACGCCGGUGGUGCAAUUUUCUAAAAUCCCCGCCAGGCCAAAACACAGCAACUUAUCUGUCGGUGUUGCGCAUUCGGCAAGGCGCUCGCAGGCACGGAGCAAUAGCGUCGGGCACUCGAGCAUGCCCAUGCCUGUCGCAGCGCCCACACCCAUGCAGCCGCCCAGCGAAAUACCGUCGUUUGUGGAGCGGUCGCGUUUGGAGAAGGUCGAGCGUGAAUUACACCGGUUGAAAAAGAUCAUUGCGUCUCUGAUCCCCGAAGAACUGGACGACGACGAUCUGCGGUCAGUAUACGGAGACCUCGAGCAGCCGCGGUUCUCGCCAGAAAAUAUUGUCGCUCAGUUAAUGAAAACCAGGCUCGGCGCCCACAUCAAUGCGUAUGCUGAACGGUCAUCGGUGGCAUCCCAAAAUGCCGCGAUGCAUUUGCCCCCGUCGCCAACAUCGAUGUCGCCGGUUCGUGGCGGCGAUCAGAAUCAGAAUCAGCAGUCGCGGCGCGCACGGGGGCUUCCUAUGGCUCCGCCACUUCCACCACCGCCGCCACAGUCGCCAGAGU